AUGGGAAAAAAGAAAAUAACCACCAGCGAGAAGAAAUCGGAAGAUCCAACGACCAUGGAAGCACGGCCGCUGAGCACGCAGCGGUCUCAACCGGCGCCACCACCACAAAUUCCGACGAUGGUCCCGUUAGACGCGCUUGCGACUUACCUGAGGCAGCAAGAACCGAACAGAGAUUGGACGGCGACCUUGGCAGGAUUCGGCCAAAUAGGAGGAGUGCCGGCGAUACCGACCCCUACCCCAGAAAUUGCAACCACCGUCAACCCGCCUACCACCACCCCAACUUCCUCAAAUCCCACAUCCAAAAAAAUCUCUCCAACGGCAACUGCACCGUCGGAACCCUCUAACCCUUCUCCCAGACAACUACAAACAGAGCCACUCGACGUUAGCCCCCUUUCCGCCUAUCAAGACCCUAACUGGGGAGAAACAGAAGAGAAAGACAGCGAAGGAAGGGUGAGCGAAGGAGGGGAGGAUAAAUCAGAGGAAACACCGAUCGCAGAGCCCGUAACCCAAGAAGCGGAGAGGGAGGAGAUAGAUCUGAACGAAAUGGCCAGGAAGCAAGGGCUAUUGACUGAUGAUGAAUUCCAUUCGGUUUUAGGAGGGGGAGACAAGAUAGUAAUAAAUACUGAGGGAGUGGCUGAGGUUCUGAACCUCGCAUCCCAGGCAGUAGGGGAAGGAGAAGCAUCCAUAGUAGCAGAGGAGUCAGAGGGUGUUGUCCACCAACCAGUACAGGAAAUGGGAGUAGAACAAACCGAAGGAGUGAAGCAACCUGAAGAGGAGAGGCAGGAAACAGAGACACACAAGUCAGAGGAAAGGAAGGAUGAGAAAGAAACAGAGGAAGAGGCCGAAGUGCAACCGAAGGAGCCGGAAACUAUAGCCCCAACCGUGUCAAAACCAAAGCCAGUCAAGAGGAAACUAGUGUUGAAAAACGACCCCAAGGAAGAAAGGCAGAAGCCCAAGAGAGUGUCACAGAGAUGCUUAGGAAAAUGGACGUCCAACAAGGCAGGAGCAAACACGGCAGCAGAUGCAGUGGAGAUCUCGAGUGAAGAUGAGAGGGCUACUCCUACAAAACCUGGGGAGGAACCCUCGACAACUAGCAGGGAGGACGCGCCAAUGGCAACAGGCACGGUUUCAUCAACACCAAAUGACCAGGAGGAAGAGGCUGACAAGGUGGCUGAGGGUCUGGACCUCGCAUCGGAGUCAGUAGGUCAGGAGGAAGCGAUAAAUGAUAAUACCAGUACCUGCGUGGUGACCGAGCCUACUGCCCAAGUGGACCUUUCAACACCAGCCGACGAGGAAGCUAAGGCAAACGAAACCGAAGACAUGUACCUCCAGGAGAGGAAGAGAAAAGGAAAAGCCCCUGCCAAGAAGAAGCAUGUCGUAAAGAAACAACGCAUAGCCAACACCAGCAUUGUGAUCCGAGAGCCAGGAGAGAGAAAGAGGUUGAGUGACAGUGACUACACUUCCAGCGAAGAGUCGGAGUCAGAGAGUGACAUCUCUCUGGACGGUGAGGAGUACCAUGAGCAACAGCUCCCCGACAACCACCAAGAGCUAGUCCACCCUCCGGUGGAGAGGAUUGUGUACCGACGGUGGCGGGUGGAGCUCACUGAUGAGCUGAUGGAGGACAUGAAGCACUACAACACCAAGAAGCUUCAAGACGCCUUCGACGACAAGGAGGAUAACAACAAGCAAGUUAAAUGCGGCAAGGUACUCCACAUACCCUCUCUGGAUGAGUUGUCUGUACGUGACCCUUUCCUGGCCAGUAUGGGAGUGUUGGGUUUUGAAUGGCUGUUAGAGAAUAGGGACCCGGAGAUAUCGGUGAGGGCACAACAAGGCCAAGAGGGGCGAGUUGGGCAGAACGAACAAGCGCAAGGGCAGAGGCAAGCAAAUCUGGAGAGGGUUGUAGCCGAGCUAGCAGAGGAGAACAGACAAUCGCGAGCAGAGAUGGCGAGGUUGACAAGUCUGAUGGAAAGUGUACUCAAAGAGUUAGCGAGAGGAAAAGAAAGCACCGGAGCUGGACCAAGUGGCCAUGGAGGCCAGGAUGAUGAACCCACUGAACCCGAGAAGGAAGAAAGUGAUGGACCGGAGGAGACAGAAGAGAACCCAACAGAAGCUACUGAGGAGGAACCCAAAGAAUCACCUGCACAGAGCACUGCCCCAAGGAGGAGCAGGAGGAAUGUUCGACAAGGCACCCCGCCGACCAGUUAG